UGCCUGCUGAACUGUUCCAACGCCAUGCUAUGGCUGACAUUUGCUCCAGUGGCUGACCAGACUGCUGCCUACUUCCACAUUUCUCUGGAGAUGGUCAACUGGCUCUCAGUAGUGUACCUACUCAUCUCAAUCCCCUUUGGUCUGGUGGCAACAUGGGUUCUUGACAGCGUGGGGCUCAGAUGUGCUGUGAUCCUGAGUGCAUGGCUGAAUAUGAUGGGUAGCAUCAUCCGGAUGUUCAGCGUCCUGAAGUUCAUGAGCUUGGGUUCCCAGAAUUACUGGUACCUGUUUGUUGGGCAGUGUCUCUGUGCUUUGGCUCAGCCUCUUGUCAUCUUCUCACCAACUAAGCUGGCAGCUUUAUGGUUUCCAGAUCACCAGAGAGCAACCGCAAAUAUGAUCUCAUCCAUGUCCAAUCCCUUGGGUAUUCUUAUAGCAAACGUUCUGUCACCGGCACUAGUUCCUGAAGGAAGGCACAUCCCAUUGAUGCUAGGUGUUUAUGCCAUUCCUGCCCUAACGGCCUGUGUUCUAGCCACUGUGGGGAUUCGUGAGAAGGUUCCUCCAACACCUCCUUCAGCCAGUGCCACUAAUUCCACCUCUCAGCCUUUCUUCAUGGGGCUCAAAAUGCUCCUGAGAAACAAGCCAUACAUCAUCCUGGCAGUGUGCUUUGGAGGAGGAAUUGGGAUGUUCACCUGCUUUUCAGCUCUGCUAGAACAAAUCCUUUGUGAAAAGGGUUAUUCAAAUGUAUUUGCUGGCAUGGAUGGUGCUCUGUUCACAGUGUGUGGUUUGUUGGGUGCCUUCCUGCUAGGACUGUAUGUCGACCGGACAAGGAAUUUCAUAGAGUCCACUAAAAUCUGUUUCUGUCUGAGUGCCCUUGCCAGCAUCGUUUUUGCAGUGGCUUCUCGGUUCAGAGAUCAGGCCGUUGCUCUGGCCAUCUCCAGCUCAAUCUUUGGUUUCUUUGGUUUUGCCAUGUACCCUGUUGCCAUGGAGCUGGCAGUGGAGUGUUCCUAUCCUGUGGGAGAAGGCACAUCUACAGGACUGAUUUUUGUUGCAAGCCAGAUUGAAGGUGUGAUUUUUAUGAUUCUGCUGCAAGCCCUCACUGUGCGUGUUUCUAAGGACCCAUCUUCUACCUGUGCUCUUGACCAGGAUGGAGCCCUAGACUGGACAACUCCAGUCCUGUUGAUGGCGGGCCUCUGCAGUGCCAUGGCUUGUUUCUAUGUCAUCUUCUUUCACACUGACUACAAGCGGCUCCAUGCUGAGACAAGCAGUAGUGACACGGUCAAGGCAGAAGAUACAGGAUCAGAUGUUCCUGAAGUCUAAUCCAUCUGAAGAGGGCAUACCAAGGGACCAGUGAGGGAAGGACUCAGGCCUGUGAGCAGGGUUCAGGACUGCAUGUGCUCAGCUGGCAGGCAGGGAUAUGGGUCCUGCUGCAAAACAAGCCACUUUAGAUUUCAGAAGCGGGGGGCUGCAGCAGUCAUUGGGGCACAUUUGCUGUGCUUCCCCCAGCCUGGUAUUUAUUUGUGAGUGUACCAAUGGGCUGCCAGAGAAACCAAAGAAGAACUGGACAACUACACAGAUAACAGGGAUUUUUCGCUGACUUGUUUCAAGCUGAAGAAAUGUUGCAGAGGACAGGAGCAUCAUAUUUCACCAUUUGUGCAUGUGUACUUGAAUGAGAAGAGAAGCUUUCAGAGGGGUGGAAGCACUUCCUAUCACAAACAUGGUAGGAACUGUGGUUCUCAUAUAGUGUAAAGAUUCUUCCUGUUAAGUGUGAAGCUAAUUGUGCUUCCUAGGAGGCACAAUAGUGUGGCAGGAGCUACAUAAUUCUGUUGCAGUGAGGAGAUGUAAGUGUAUGAUCUGCAAUAUAAAUCUGUUGCAAGUAAGAUACUUAGUCCUCUCUUAGAAACAGGAAAAGAAACAGGACUGUUAGAGAAAAAAUGAGUAAGCAGCAGACAUUAAGUAUGCCAGUUUUCCUUGCCCUGUCUGGUCACUUGCCAGAUGCUGAGACAUUUUAGAUCAGUUUGUUUUAACUGGGCUCCUGUUGUUUCAUCAUCUGUCCUGCAAUUCUAUUGAUUCAAGCUUUGCGCAAGAAGACAAACUCACUGAUGUGAUUAGGGUUGUGUGUCCCACCAAGCCAAGACAUGCUUUCCCAUAGGAGGGCAUGCAGAAGUCAGGUCACUUUUUUGUGAAUGGUGUGGUAAUGCUUGGUGGCACAGAACUGGCAAGAGAACUGGCAAGAUGACCAUGUAGAGAAUGGAUGGCACCUGCACGAGUUCCUGCAGAUUACAGGGUUUUUUUUUGAGGAAGAUCAAG